AUUUUAUAUAUAAAUAUAUAUACUGUAUAUAUAUACAUAUAUACAUAUAUAUAUAUUUACUUGCGUUGUAUAAAAUUACAAUGAUUAAUUUCUUCAAUGCAGUUAUGAUCGUUGUGUAAAUUAAAACACAAUUGCACACUGCGUUUCACCUAAACAAUUAUAUAAGAUAAUCAAAAAUUUGGGGUUGGUGUUUAAUUUGAACAUUCUCUACAAACCUGCAUCUUUAUGUUUAUUAUUUUUUUUUUGUUUCGCGAUUAACUACGCGCUCGUAAAGAGUAAUUUUAUCGAAUAUUACGUAUUUUAAAAACGACGUUUUACUUUCGUGGUAUGAGUAACAAAAAUGUUACAUUUUUCACUGCUUUUUUUGUUUAUGUAUGCAUUAUAUUGUAUAAUGAAAAUAAAAUGAAAUAAAAAUAAUAUAUUUUUAUCCCGUCUCCGGCUUGAUGUCGGAUAAGUAUCAUCUGCCUCUUAUUGUGAUCUUGUAGCUUUUACGUUUUAUUUUUUAUUUUAUCCGAAUACUUUGAUUAUACAGGGUUGUCUGUGUUUUUCUAUUGAAAAUCAGCUUGAAAGUAAACACUCCCUCUCAUUCUAAUUGGUUAUCUAAUUUCAAUUAGUACUUUUUACAUACGUUUAUGAAUUGGCCAAAGUUUUAUAAAGAAACCCACGCGUCUUACCGAUUAAUGGCUUCAGACUAGAGGGUACUAUUAGGCUGCACAAGUUCUUGCACUCACUUUGAACACAAUCAUAUCUUGUCUUUCUCUUAUUAUAAUUGCAAGAGUAUAUUUUCACACUAAUGGGUUUCCUUCUUAAGACAAUUAGAUUUCAUAAAAUCGUUUAGUAUAAUAAAAUUUCUGUACUAGCUUACAACUCUUAUAAGAGAAUAGAAAAUAUAAACUGUGAAGUUGUUAAAAAUAAAUACUAUUUAAAUUUGGUUGCCAAUUUCCGAUGAUACUUUCACAGAAACAAACGAGCAAAAGCAUAAGAGCUGUUAAAAUCUUCCAUUUAAUUGUCACCUAUUUCAAAGUAGCUUCAAUUAAUAUAUACAUCUAAUCUAUGCGUAAAUUUCUACAAACAAUACAGCUGGAAAGAAACAUUCACGUAGUUUGUUCUAUCGCCUUAUAGAUGCAACCUUUUAUAAAGAAACAUUUAAGUUCACAGUGUAAUGCCAAAUUAUGGUGCAACCUAGCAAUUCCUUAAUCGCGCAAUUGGUGAAUUUCUUACUGGGUGGGUCAGAAUAUGAAAUUCUACCCGAAAGAAAUUAUUUGAGCGACAUGUUGAGUAAGGGUCUGCUGUUCCUAACGCUAUUUAUGAUUUCUAUGUGCUCUUCCCAAAAAUCAAAGUGUACCGAGGAAACUUGUUAUCACCUGAUAGAAGAGGCUUUACCAUGGGAAGAAGCUAGUCAAUACUGUAAUGCUACGUUUUCGAAUGGAACACUUAUUAAUCUCAGAAACGAUAAAGAGCAUGAAUUAAUUUCACAAUUACUUGCAAACAAUUCAGUGGUUGAAAGUUGGAUAGGACUGACAGGAGAAACUGUUGAAUGGGAAUGGACAGGAGAAACGAUUCAAUCAACGUGGACUAAUUGGUUCACAAAUGAACCAAACGAAGAUAAUAAAUGUGGUUACAUGUCACCCUACCUUCAUGAUUUUGAUGACGUAACCAAUCAAAGAUUUGGUUAUGGAAAGUUCAAAACGGCCGUUUGUGCGACUAAUUUUCAAUUUCUUUGUCAAUUUAAAUAUGACGAAGAAAAGUGUAAUGAGAUAUCGGGGAUGUAUUUUCAUGACAAAUGCUUUUACUUGUAUAAAAAUAGGGAAGAUAUCAAAAGUUGGCAUGAUGCAAAUACCUAUUGUAAAAGAGAUGUGUAAGAAAUUUCUUUCAUAUAAGAAACAUUUUUCCACUUUGUUUUUAUCUUUUUCUAGAGGAGGUCGAUUAGCGACGGUUAAUUCGUUUAGUAGCGUUCAAAACGUUAUAGUUUAUAUUAGAAAAGCGAAUUUGCAGCUAUCGAAUGGCAUAUGGAUUGGUCUUUCUAGACAAAAAUGGUCUUGGAUAAACAGAGGUCAUGAUGAAAUUGGGAAAUUCAGAUGGGAAGAUUCCUCACCUAAUAACGACGGUAACUAUGUUAUAAUGAGAAAAUUCAGUGGAAGCUACUUAUGGCAAAAUGUAAAGAAAACAAACCCUUAUAAGUUUAUUUGUCAAUCAGUUAAAGAACUGUCAAAGGACCCUGAUGAAAGUGACUUUUGGUAUUGGUUUAAAAUUGGCUGCAUUAUUGCUGGAUCAAUUUUGAUUGUGGUUUUGAUAGGCAUUGCUAUCUAUUGUUUAAGAAGGACUAUGAAUGCUGAUAAAAGGGAUGAAAGAAAAGCAAAAUCAAAUAGAAAACCUUUGCCGCCCCGUAAUAAACCUGCAGCUUCCAUAUCUGAUCGAUUGACACCUGCAGAUCGGAUCGAGGAAAGACGUACGGUAAUGGUACCCCCAAGACAGCAUAUAACUCCCAAACCAAAAUCUAGGUCGAAAAAUACUGAAACAUUAAAAAAAGAACAAAAACAAAAAGAAAUUCAAAACGACAAAAUGAGUAAAUUGUUUAGCAUUCAAAAUAAACUGCGAUUAGAUAGUUCGCCGAAAAGAGAACAAUAUGGUUCGGUCGUGACCGGUUUUCCUCCAUCAAUUACAAGGUCGAACGAAGGUAGUAAACAUGUAAAGGAAAAAGAGAAGAGUAGUGCAAGUGUGAAAACUGUUAUUUCAUCAAAUCGAUCGGCCAAUAAUAAACCUAAAUUAGCAAAAUAUGGAAAACCAAUUAUAACCUACAAUAGUGAAAAUCGGGGUACUGGCUUCUGGCAAUGGGAUAUGAAGAGUAAACCAACAGUAUCAAAGCCUACUGGAAAAUACAAAAUAUCAGCUAGUCAGUCGACAAGCGGAUACAAUAGCCGAUAAUUGAUUAUUGAAUUUCUUAAAGAUUUUCGAAAGUUAACGAUUUCAUAAACUUUUUUAUAUCGACAGAUGCCAAAAGACAGUCGAUUUUCAUCUUCAUAUCUUUCUGCUUUGCAAAGAUAUUUGAGAACUUACUCCUUUAAAGAUCACCAUAAAAAAUCCAAAAAUAACCUUACGAAAUAUGAUACAGUAUAACUAAUUGAAAAUUUAUACCAGUUUUUAACAAAAAGAAAUCAGGAAUACAAUCUAUAAUAUAUGCUGUUAAUAUCUAAUAUAAAAUGUAAAGCUUAUGCUAUUAUUAAUUUUGAACACUUGACAAAAAUUUACUUAACCAAUUUCCUACAUAAACA